UGAACCGUCAAGGACCGCUCCCUUGAAAUUGGACGGACGAGCAAGGAAAUCAGCAUUAUCGGCAGUAGCAGUAGUAGCAGCAACGAUAAGUGCUUCUUUCGCUAACUUUUACUUGCUGGUGGGAUCAGGUUUUGAACAAUCGAGAAAGAUUUGCACGUCUCGCGAGGGGCGACACGUCCUUCAGGGUGUGAAAAAAUGCGUAAAAGCAAAAAUGAGGGUAAUUAAAUUAUAGAAACAAAAAGAAAAAUUCUGCCUUUAUUGAAGUGAAACCAAGAGUGAGGAGUGAAGCUUAGUGGGGUGGUGAAAGCGAAAAAAUAGCAAAUUUUCACGAUGAAGUUCCAUUUGCGUCUCGGUUGUGGUUGUGUUGGUGGAUAGUGCUGAAGGCGAUGGUGUGGCAGAAGGCACGGCUCAUCCCGAAGAGCAAGGACAUCAGUCAGUGGGCGGUACGGGAAGGUACUGCCACCUAGUGCCUGGUGAACCGUGUCAUAAUUCUCGAGGUGCAAAAAUAGUGACGACUCAACGUAAUGGGUUGAGAAGGUCGAUUGGCGAAGACCUUUCGCGAAGCACCUCUGGGUCAAGUAACACACCUUCGCAGCUUGCUGGCAGAGCCACUCGCUGCUUGGUGCUGGUGAAGGAAUUUUGCGUUGAGUCAACAUCUCACUGAGAGCUGGUGUGUGAGUGCGCUCCCCAUCAACGAUUGUAGAGACGAUGUGAUUGUAUAGUGAGAGGGGGAGUAUUAUUUUUUUCUCGGUUCGAGUAUCGAAGGAAAGCGUAUCGGAGACUGUAAACGAAAGGAUUAUGUCGCGUGAAAGAAGUGGUCAUUUGCCAUAAUCCCGUGUUGAGAAUGGUUACGGUAGAACGCCGAAAGCGAGGCUUUUGUUGAGAAGGUCAUACGCAUUGGAAGUCAACUCGUGAUGAUAUUCUGCAGAAUGACGACAAAUGGACCUUAAGAUGGAUUUAUGGUGCACUUCAUACGGAUUGCUCACUGGAAAAUAGAAAGUGGAGUCGAGCAGAAACCAGAAGCUAAUCGCAUUUACUACAUAAGUGUUCUAGUGCGUUAUAAUAAGUGUCUGCUUUAUGUGUAUUUUACAUUGAAGUUGUUGUUGCUUAAUGAUUAGUGGAAUACAUUGCAUUACUAGUGAUAUUAGGAGUUACUCAAGAAUUUAUGAAAUACAGAAGCAGAAAAAUAAUACGACCGAUAGAUUAAGGUUAAAAUUACUGUUCAUAAACCUGAAUUCCAUCUACAUUAUCAUAGAAAAAGUGUCAUAGCGAACAUAAAUUUUCAUCUCCAAAAGAAAAAAAAAACUCAUUCAAUGUCGUGUUUCUCACCCAACGAAAAGCGCCCCCUUUUCAAAGCAUUUCGGCAAACCACCCACUUCGACCUAUCAUCGCUGCACGAUGGCGAAUGUGAGAGAGACGAACACGUCAACUGAGCGCGAGAGCCACAACCGUCGAAUUGAUAAGGCGAACACGUGAAUGAGCCCACGACUCACUAACUCACGACUUCCACCCACAACCUGUUUCCUCACUAACCGAAUACAGGACUGGCUCCAAGGCACCCAACACGGUUUCCCGUCGAACUCCGUUCCGUAGUGAGGGAGCAUCGGGUGGUGGAUUCAGUGUCACUGUCAGUGAAGCGCGAAUGUAUGCGUGCCAACGUGGUGCUUUUCGAAAACACUGAGCAGAAACUUCAAUAACAAAAAAUGUGACAACAACAAAAACCUCGCCAUUCGUGAAUGAGAGUGAGUAUCAUAUUUUACUCCGGGGGGUGCGGAAGAAGCCAAGGAAGAAAUUUGGUCGAUGUAACAUCGAAAGGAAAUGUAGUUAACCAGUGAUGGGAAUUUUCUCCGAUUUGCAUUGGUGUGUGUGCGUAUCGCUAGGCGAAGGAAGAAACGUCAAGUGAAGGACGGGAUGGUGAAACAGAAGAAGUCAAGCACGAAUUUUGCUGAUUCAAGAUGUGUAGUACUACGACUGAUGAGUAGAGAAAAUUGGUGAACAGUUGGAACGGCUGUUGCGGUUUUGUGGAAGAAAGGAAACGUGUGACAAAACAGUGAAGAAAAAACUACGAAUAUCGACUAGCUGUUGAAAAUUGCGACGACGACUACUGGUGUUGGACGAAGAAGAUAACGAAAGAAAGGAAAUCGAAUGGAUUAGUGCGGAGUUUCGAAGAAUACGUGUGCUACAGAAAGUGCUACAGUUUACAAAUACUUAUUAGACAUCGACGUCGGUGGUGAAGUGCAGGAAGGAGGAGCAUCGAUUGAAAUUUGAAAUAACGGAUCAUCAAUAUUUUACAACGGAGCUGUCACCAACGGUUCGGCAUGUGUUAACGAAUGAGGAUGAGUGAUGGAUUUUCCGCCUGUUGUGGAUAAUAGUUUACAUUUGGGAUAACGUUAGCGGAAAAGGUGUGCGGAAAUGCGCUUAGGGGGCGCCCCCGGUGGCGGAGACCCCCUAGCGAUGGGUGCCGGGAACGACUACGCCGAGCUGUGCGACCUGGGCCCGUCCCGUUGGAGCUCCAGGAGCGGCUACCAGCAGGUCUCGCCGCCGGUCAACUCGAUCUACCACCACACUGGCGGCAGUAUCGCUGGUGUCGGCGUCGGCGGCGUUGGCGUUGUUGGCGGUGGGCCCAGUGCCGGCGGCGUCGUUGGCAGUACCGGCGGGACCACCCUGUCCUCCUCCGGCGGGGCCACCAUUCGGUCCAACAGCUUCGAAGCCGAGGACGUCAUCGGGCCGUACGGCACCUCGUCGGCCCGGAUCGGCAACAGCACAAGCUCCCUGCGAGGACGUUCAGGUACAGUUCCAAAUUCUACCAGACAUAAUGGUAAGAAGCGGCCUAUCUCGCCAGAGCAGGUCAUAAGAUUGUUUAACACACAAAGUUCGUCUUCUUCAGUUCCUACUAGUUAUCAUAGUAACGGCACGAGAGAUCGGGGCCGUCGCAGUCCUGCCAGCAGUCCGCCUUCUACCACCCACCAGAUCUACCGAGAUCGGGAUCGGGAUCGAAGCAUACCGAACAUUCACCAACUGACGACGCGCACGGUGAACAUGUCCCGUGACCAGCAAACCGACGCCAGUCACGGGUUCGGCAUCUGCGUCAAAGGAGGAAAGGAUUCAGGUGUCGGCGUGUACAUAUCGCGAAUAGAGGAAGGUUCGGUAGCGGAACGAGCCGGUCUCCGGCCCGGUGAUACGAUACUGGAGGUGAACGGAACUCCAUUCACCGCCAUCAACCACGAGGAAGCGCUCAAGAGGUGUGUGCAGAUCCUGAAAUCGUCGCGGCAGAUCAGCAUGACGGUGCGAGCGCCCCCGUCCGCCGGGGCGUCCAUGAUCAACUCGACGGCGCCGCUGCAUGGGUUCGGGCCACCUCCGAGCGUGGUUGGGAGCACCAGUCGGCUGGCGGCCGCCGUGGCCGAUCCGCUGGGCGGCGCCGGUCUCGCUGGCGUCCCAGCUGGAUCGGUGGUUGGUGGCGGCGCUCCGGUGGGGGUAUACCCACCGCCCCCGAACCGGCAAACCUGCUCCUGGAUGGACCGCCAGGGGCGACCCGCCUCGCCGCCGUACGAGUACGGUGGCCGCCGGCCGGAGCGACGGGAUCGUGUUCGAAGGGUUGAACUAGUGAUAGAACCCGGCCAAUCCCUAGGACUGAUGAUAAGGGGUGGCGUGGAGUACGGAUUAGGAAUUUUUAUUACCGGCGUCGACAAGGACAGCGUAGCGGAUCGGGCUGGACUGAUGGUCGGCGACCAAAUCCUAGAGGUGAAUAAUCAAUCAUUCAUGGACGUUACCCAUGACGAGGCUGUUAGUCAAUUCAAGUUCCACAAACGGAUGUCGCUGCUGGUGCGGGACGUCGGAAAAGUGCCACACUCGUGUACCACCGUUGAACCAGAACCGUGGGACGCCUACAGUCCGACCGGAGUGAGAACGCGCCGAAAAUGUCCGGUGUCAGCGAUGGUAGAAGAAAAAGCCAGAUCCUUAUUACCUCGUCAUCAUUUUGCUAACUUAUCAUAUUAUAUAGCGGAAUAUGGUGCUAGAGGAAUGACCAUAGAGGCCUUCGUAUCUGUUUUAUUAGAAAUGUUAGAUACACCCGAAAAGCAUACUUUAGUAACAGAAAUAAGAGAAUUAAUUUUUCCUGAAGACAGGACGCGAUAUGACGAACUUGUAUAUAGGAGAGGGAGAGACGUUUACGGUGAUCCAUUAGAUAGGCAUAGGAGAAAAGAUCAUUUACCUCAUUCGCACGAUUUGCCGGUUUCAGACACGGAUCUGGAAGUGAUCGAGGCGACCGGCCGAGGUCUGGCGGACGACCCCGGUGCAGUGGCGGCAGCGGCAUCGACGGCUACAGCCGGGAACAUCCCGGACAUCCGCAAUCGUCCACCGGCACCACUGCCGUAUCGGCCAAUGUCGGCCGGGCCGAUUCUCCACCACCAUCCACCAUCGUCGUCGUCAUCGUCCCGUCAUCUGAAUACAUCGCAGAGCCACCUGGCGGAUUUGGGCAGCGGUGGGACGCCGAAUCGGGUCGCGUUCGGGGCUGGUCUCGGUGCCCCCUCGCCGCCGGCCGGUGUCCUGGGGCUAAACCCUCUGUACCACCCGAACCGGCACAAAAUCUCCUCGUCGUCUAGCGAUGUGGUCAAACAGUUGAAGAACAAGGAUUACAAUGAUCCGUCACGACCUAGGAGAGGCAGCGAGACUCAGCUAUCGAGGGCGGAUUACGACUCGUCGAUGCAGCGCCUACCGAUGGACCAGAACGGCUCAUCGCUGGAGCAGAGCCAAGACCAGCCACCACAUAUUGUACCUGACCACCGAGGAAACCUUCACAUCACGGUGAAAAAGUCGAAGCCCAUACUCGGCAUCGCGAUCGAGGGUGGGGCCAACACCAAGCACCCACUGCCGCGCAUCAUCAACAUCCACGAACACGGCGCAGCGUACGAUGCCGGUGGACUGGAGGUAGGCCAGCUGAUACUGGAGGUCGACGGUAACAAAGUCGACGGAAUGCACCAUCAGGAUGUCGCCCGACUGAUAGCGGAGUGUUUCGCCGCACGCGACAAAAACGAUAUCACCUUUCUCGUAGUCGAAGCAAAAAAAUCAAACCUAGAACCGAAACCAACAGCAUUAAUAUUUUUAGAAGCAUAGCAUUUGCUAUCCCUGCCGGCUAGCGAUCCGGAUAAUUCUGAAGUGCCAGAAAAAGGGAUCGACCUUACCGCUGAUAAAUUGAAGUGAGUUUUCUUUUCGUUCGAGUUAUGGGUUUACCACUUUGAGUUCUUCCGUAUUCGUCUUCUGUAUCUUCGUUUCUUCGAGAAAUGGGAAAAGUUUGCGGAACCUUCAAAGCUAUGCAGACAUCAACCCGUGAAGAGUAUCGCAAACUUUUCUCGGAUUGUCAACACUGUUUUUCGUUUUUCUUCAAACUCCAAAAUAGCAUGAUCGAACUGCGCUCCGGAAGACUUAGCCCUGGAAGACUAUUUUCAGAAGAAAAUGUUACAUUUUAGAGUGUGAUAUUCGUGAAAUUUACUCAAACCAAAUGUUACAGUUACAAAGCUAAGCAAACACUGCCGUACUUAUAAAUGUUUAAACACUUAUUAAGAAAACGAGGAAAUCAACACUUCCCUAACUGUCUGGUUAUUAUAUUAUGAUGGUUAACGAGUCUAAUGUUUAUGCUGUUGUUAGAAGAAAGUAAACUAUUUACACUGCUAGAGGUGUAAUUUGUAUCAUGUUCCUCGUUCUAUUCCUAGUCUAAAAUCUAUCUAUCUACAAUCAUAUUUGCGUUUCACUGAAAGUAAGUGCUAUUUUAUCCCCACUGUUAUUUAUCUAAGUUCGUCUUUUCGUUUAUCUACAGUUUGAUUUCAUUUAAAAAAGAAAACAAUCAGCAGAAAAGAUAAGAAAGAAUUCUUUAUUCGCGGUAAUUCAGAGAUAUUCUAGCCGUCAGGGAUGAAAAACCAGGUUCAAAACCAAACACUACCAAACAAACAAAAAAAAACUAAGCAAAAGCAAAACGACAAACCAACUGAUACAAUCCUGAACAAAUCAUCAGUCAAACUUUCAUUACAACUUUAUAUUAACCUAGAGCAAACAGAGAGAAGAAGCAAAAUCACACCAAAUGUUCAUGUCUGAACAAGUUCGGAAAUGCGGUUGACGAAAAAGCUUCACGCGAGCAAACGCUUGUUGGGAUGGCACCCGCCUACCGGUAUGCAACCAAGCGUUCGCUUCAGGGAUGCGCGUCACGGCGCAAGCGUUGAACCGAGCGUCACCAAAUAGUAGGGAUGCGCCAAAUUCGCUAAAUCCCUGGUAGAAAGUAAUAAUCAUUUUGCAAUAAAUUGUGAUUGUAUUGCGUGUGUGUAUGUGAAGUGUGUAUGGCUGAGCGAGUUGAACGUUCAUUAAACCAUUUGAAAAACUUUAAAAGAUAGAAUCGUUACUAUAUUUGUUGACUCGUGAUUAAGGGCUUAUUCGUGUGUUAUUAUUCAACUUUCUGUUCCGAUAUUUCCGCUAAUUUUUGUGCUAAACGUAGACAGAAGGCGCAGGUUAUGCUUGAACGAGCGCUUUCCCACCCCUGAUUGCGUCAGGGCUGAGUAAACUUUGCUUAGCGAAACUGAGAGCUUGUUGAAGUGUGCAAUGAUGAGACUUGCUUCGGCGACAUUUCUGCUUAGUAUACAGUACACAAACAGGACAUUCGUACACAGUCACGGUAUCGAACAAUCCCAGAACAAAUUCCAAAUGGUAUGAGUCUAAAUACAUUAAUGCUGCGCUGUUUUCUUCAGCUAUUUUGGGGAAAGCAGUCGAUGAUGGUGAUGAAACUAGAAUCAAGUUGAGUGGAUCGGUCUAGGAUAUGAUUGACUGAGGUUUAGGGUAAAUGAGGUUUUGUAAGGCCCAGCAGACAACUAGUAGAAGUAAGCGGAAGUAGUUGAAGAGCCAGAGGAACUCGAGCUAAAUAUGUGUGCUUUAAUGGUUAUGGCUAAGCGGCUAGAUGCUAUUGGUAUUUGUUAUUUUGCUCAUGUGAAAACGAGGUGCUUUUACAAAAUAGAUACAUAAUGGUUAAAUGCUUGCGGCUGGAGCGUAGAUUGCCGAGAAGGAUUUGUGCAAAUAAAAAAAAUAAUCAUCACGCAUGAAUAGAAAACAAUACGGUGCUUUUAGUGUAAUAUCUUCACUUGUCAUAAAACGUCUUUUGACAUGCGAUUACUCAUACCAUACUUGGGAACGUACAAAAUAUGUCACGAUUUCAGGAAAAAGGAAUUCAAAAUGAAGACUCAAGGGGAGUGAUCUCUAUCAGCACAGUUCCGGCUGAUUUGGUUUUAGCAUGUGUUGUGUAGUUUCAUUUGGUCGUAUAUAAGUCACAGUAACUUAUAUAUGACAAGUGUGCUGCUCGGGAUAUAAUCAAAUUUUAUGUAACGUAACAAUUAGAUCUAACCGUUGCGAAAAAAGGUUUUGGAUAUGUUUGAAUCGAGAUUAGCCAAAAACUCUAUCGAAUAUCAACAUCUAUGCAUCUGUUUUGAUGCACAAAUUUCUUUGGGUUGAAUUCUUCACUUCAUAGAGGAAACCAGGUUUAAACAUAUGAAAAAACGCAGCUUAAGAGUUAAGCGGAGGUCAUGAAAUUGUCUCUAAACAAAACCUUCUUUAUUCUGCUCGUUCAACAAUCUUUUUCUCAAAGAAGUGAAGCAAAAUUGAAUUUCCACUGAGAGUUUCGUCUGUGAUAUUAAGCCUGUCCAAUGCCACGUACAGCCCUCGUUGGAGUUUUGCCACUAGCGCUCUGAUCACUCUACCUUUAUAGACGAUGGAGAUGCCAUCUGCGAAAAGAGAAUGCCACCUUCUGGAGAUCUAGCAUGUCGGAGGAGAACAGUUUGAACUAUAGGGUACGAGAGAUACUGCCCCGAGGGGACAUCGGAACUCGCUCCGCUGAUUGAAACCCGGAAUAACCGGCCCGACAGAUAGUUGUUGAAUAUGUUGGCCAGGUAGCUGGGAAGAUUGUAGGUUUGUAGUUUGUACACUAGGCCAUCAUUGUCGACCAGGCCACACAGAGACAAACUUGUUACGGACGUUGGUAACUCAGGUCAGUGGUUAAUCGACCACGUCGGAAAUUAAACUGUUCCUCGGGCAAGAUAUUGUGGUGUUCGGCAGACUCAAGUAAAUGUCGAUGAAUCACCUUUUCAAACAGCUUGGAUAGCCCUGUGAGAAGGCUGAUAGGGCAAUAACUUUUGGGAGAGAGAUUCUUCCCAGGCUUCCGGAUGGGGAUUACUUUGACUGACAUCCAGGAUCUUCAUGCUUUUCGAUGAUUUGAUAUAGUCCGCCAAUUCGCCAGCUAAGAUCUCCAACUCCUCCUAGAAGUCGUUAGGAGUUAGAUAGCAUGCUCGUUGACGGCUGCUUCGUGUGGACUGACUAUCUUCUGUUCGAGAUUGUGUGGACUAACGAAGUGACUACCUAUUUUGGUGACCUUCUCUGCAAGAGAUAUCAAACGAUUUUUAGAGCCUUUGUUGUCUAAUGGGA